UCCAACAUUUUGAGAGCGAAAGCUCUAAAUUUUAAUCACCUACAUGUGGUAGAUUUAAAGAGAAAGUGAAGAGUACACGUAAAUGAAUGUCGUCCGUGUAUGGAACGAAGGAUUCUUGAAAGAACACGCUCUUAUCCUCCAUAUUCAAUUAAUGCUUUAACAAUCUCCUUUCACUCUCUUCUUUGUUUCCAUGUUCAUUGUAUAUACUAUAUUAUAUACACCUUUUUGUGGCUGCGUUCUUCUCCUAUUUGGUCUGUCUGCAAAAUGGCUACCGAUGAAGAAUCAUCAGCUGGAUUUAGCUUGGAAGGAAUUGAAGACGUCGAGGAUUUUGUUUUGGGAGAUCAAGAAGAGUCUUUAGACACAGGGCGUUCUACUCAUCUUCUUGACCUAAUGAAAAUGGCCAACAAAGCAUUCAGAGUGAAUCGUUAUGAAGAGGCAGUGAAUUAUUACUCAAGAGCUCAUAAUAUCAAGCCAGAUGAUCCUAUCAUUCUUAGCAACCGAUGUGCUGCUUACCUAAAGAUUGGCCACUUUCUGAAACACAGACCAGCUGCUGCAUCUGAACUUAGACCAUUAAGUGGGCUUGAUCCUACAACCCAUGCCAGUCUUGCAUUAAAGGAUGCUGAGCACUUUAUGAACUUACAGAAUCACACUGUAAUGGCAUACAUACUGAAGGCAAAUGCACUCAUUUUGUUAGAAAGAUUUGAACAAGCCCGUGAUGUAAUUCUUACAGGUCUUCAACUCGAUGCUUCAAGCAAUGCUCUAAAGAAUUUAGAAAGGUUUACAGUCGAUAUAUUUGGGAAAAGAACACAUGGUCAGAUUCAGACACCACGUACUGAUGACUUUGAUUGCACUCUUUGCUUCAAGUUAUUCUAUGAUCCAAUCACAACUCCAUGUGGGCAUACCUUUUGUCGUUCAUGCCUCUUCCAAUCAAUGGACCAGGGAAACAGAUGCCCAUUGUGUCGAACAGUUCUGUUUAUCAGUCCAAGAACUUGUGCAAUAAGUGUGACACUGAAAAGUAUAAUAGAGAGGAACUUCCCUGUGGAAUAUGCAGAAAGGAAAUUGGAGAAUGAGAGUUUGAGUAAAAUGGGUCCUGAUUUGUUACCUCUUUUUGUGAUGGAUGUUGUGCUACCUUGCCAGAAGUUCCACUUAAAUAUAUUUGAAGCCCGUUAUAGACUUAUGGUCAGGAGAAUCAUGGAAGGAAAUCGACGAAUGGGAAUGGUUAUACUCGACACUAGCACCGGAUCUGUAGCUGAUUAUGCAUGUGAAGUGGAAAUUACAGAUUGUGAGCCACUUCCAGAUGGGCGUUUUUUCUUGGAGGUUGAAAGUAGGCGAAGGUGCCACAUCCUUCGAAACUGGGAUCAAGACGGGUAUCGUGUUGCUGAGAUUGAAUGGGUGCAAGAUUUAUCUCCAACUGAAGGGACAAAGGAGAGAUCCGAUUUGCAGGAUAUGACAGAUAUAGUGGCAGAAUAUGCUCGAUCUUGGAUAAGGUUAGCUCAAGAAGCAGCACAAGGAGAUCAAAUGAGACUCACAGAACUACAUAAAGCACAAGGUAUGAUGCCAUCAACAAGGGAUCUUGAAUCCUUCAGUUUUUGGCUUGCUACUUUAUCAAAUCGAAGACCACAAGAAAGAUUGGACCUCCUUCGCAUGAAAGAUACAACAGCAAGGUUAAGGAGGGCAUAUCAUUACUUGAAAGCAGCAGAACAAGGCUGUGGAUUGCAAUGAAAGUAAACGUCUACUUUUCUUGUUCUUAUUUGUUCUUUUGUUGGCUAAGAACAAAGAAAAAAAAAAUACAAUCUUUUUAUAUUUUUCAUGGUAAAGAAGAGCUUCUUUGAAUAUCUUGUAAAAUUUUACUUUGUCCAAAGGUGAAAAUAUGAUGUUUUUAACCA